AGAACAAAGAAGAACAUGGGUUAUUUCAUGUUCCAAGCAACGAGCAAACUAUAGCUCUUUCAAUAUUUGAUCCAUCUCACUCUCUUGGAGAGGACUUUGUGGUGAGGUCCCCACAAUGGCUGCCCCUUCAAAAUGAUUUCUUAUUAUCCUCAACUGUCACCAAACCCAUUUUCCUUCCACUUAUAUAAGCCCUCUUGAAGAAGAAGAAGCACCAAGGUCUGUAGACAAGUUUGUCUUCUUUGAAAUCCUUGAACCCAUAAUGGGCACUUCUGAUCUCCAUCUUCUCCUUGCUUCCCCUGAUUUAAAGGGUAUAGUUCUAGAGAGUAUAUCUUCAGGUGGUCCUCUCUCGUGCAAAGUCUCAAAAGCUCAGGCCAUUAGAAGAAGAAGCAGCAGCAGCAGAAGGAGCAAUGGAGGAGGGCAUAGGUUGAGGGCAAGGUUGCCAAGGAUCUCAAUGAAAAGGAGGAGGAUUCUUCCAGAAGGUUCUACAAGGGCCAUGAAUGAGAUGGAGAAGAAGGUUAGAACCCUGAAGAAACUCAUCCCAAAUGGAAAAAGCUCCAUGGGCUUGGAUGGGCUCUUCAGGGAAACAGCUGAAUACAUAGAAUCUCUGCAAAUGCGAGUGAAGGUUAUGCAAGUUAUGGUGAAGGCAUUGUCUGGUUCAGAUGAGUAAUGGAUCUAAUUCAUUUGUUGUAAUCAUUGAUAUACCUACUCCAAUUCUCAUUCACUUUUCACUGAUA